AUGGCAGAUUUCAACCUCACCACUUCUGACAUGUCAACAUUCAUCCUAACUGGCAUCCCUGGCCUAGAAUAUGCUCAUAUCUGGAUUUCCCUCCCUUUUGCUACUUGCUACAUCAUGGGCCUGUUGGGAAAUUUCUCCGUUCUGUUUGUUGUAGGCAAAGAGCAGACCCUCCAUCAGCCGAUGUACCUGCUGCUCUGCAUGCUGGCACUCACAGAUAUCACCGUCUGUACAUCUGUCAUGCCAAAGGCCCUGGGUAUAUUUUGGUACAAUUUGAAAGUCAUCACAGUGAGUGGCUGCCUCACCCAAAUUACCUUCCUUAGCACAGUUGCUGCCACACAAUCAGCAGUCCUUGUAGCAAUGGCCUUUGAUCGCUACUUGGCGAUAUGUAACCCCCUGAGAUAUGCCACCAUUCUCACAAAUGCACGGAUAGCUAAGCUAGGUCUGCUCAGUUUAAUCAGAGGAAUUGUCUAUGCACUGCCUGUGCCCCUGAUGCUGAGCCAGAUGCCGUUCUGUGACAACCGCAUCAUCCUUCACACGUUCUGUGAGACUAUGGCUGUAGCAAAGAUCUCAUGUGGGGACCUCACAUUUUUCAGGCUCUAUGGCUUGGCGAUGGGGCUUGUACUUACUGGGCUAGACCUGACACUCAUUGUCCUGUCCUACUGUCUGAUCAUCAGGGUCAUUCUUAGCAUCUCUUCCAAGAAAGCCCACAAGAAAGCCCUGAACACCUGCACGGCCCACCUCUGUGUAAUGCUGAUGUCUUAUACUCCCUAUAUUUUCUCCAGCCUGACACUUCGGUUUGGUCAGGGCAUCGCUCCAUACAUUCAUAUCAUCUUGGCCAACAUCAAUGUCCUUGCCCCCCCCAUGCUCAACCCCAUCAUUUAUGGGGUCAAAACCCAAGAGCUCCGUGACAAAAUGAGGAGAAACAUCUGCAGAAUGUGA